AGCAAAACGCUCAUCAAAUUGGACCCAACAAAAUGCCGCCAAAGAAGAGUAAAUCUCCGCCCUCCGAUCCCCAGGGAAUGUUCAGCAGAAUGGUGGUCUUCUUGGUCGAAGAUGGAGUUCAAACUCGCCGGUUGCAGAUUUGGAAGCAGAGAUUGACGCAAAUGGGGGCCAGCAUUGAGGAAAAAUUAUCCAAAAAUGUCACUCAUGUUUUUGCCGUGGACGCAAAUUCCCUUUUAAAGAAACUUGAUUGCAAACGCUUGAUUAGGUUCAAAGCUAAAGUCCUCUUAUAUCAAUGGGUGGAGGACAGCUUGACUAAAGGUGAAAUGGUGUCUGAAGAUUUGUACACUAUAUCUCUAGAGUCAGGGGAGAAUAGAGAGACUGUCGAGGAAGAUAUCGCAAGUGGUUGUACUGAUAGUGAGCUUACUCCAAAAAAGAGCAGAAUUACUUCUGUUGGUACUGAUAUUGUGAAUUCAGAAGAUAAGUUUCACACAGAAGACCAUUUUGGGCAUCAGUUAGUAGAAUCCUCAUAUAUCUCUGGAUGCUCAUCAAGCCCUGAAAUAAUCAGUGGCGAGGCGCUUUAUCCUUGUGGCAAUGCUGCUGAAAUAUCAAGAUCACCAUCGCUUUAUAAGCCUCCCAAUUUGAAUAGGAACAUUACCGAGAUAUUUGGAAAACUUUUUGACAUUUAUACGGCAUGUGGUGAUGAUCGACGCUCAUUUAGCUAUCACAAAGCCAUAGCAGUUAUUGAGAAAUUGCCUUUCAAAAUCGAAAAUGUGGACCAGGUUCAAAACCUUCCUAGUAUAGGAAAGUCAUUGCAGGAACAUAUUCAGGAAAUAGUGAACACUGGAAAACUAUCUAAGUUGGAGCACUUUGAGCAGGAUGAAAAGGUACGGACAAUCAGCUUGUUUGGAGAAGUAUGGGGUGUUGGUCCUGCAACUGCCUUAAAACUUUACGAGAAAGGGCAUCGGACUCUGGAUGACCUCAAAAGUGAAGAAUCACUUACAAACGGGCAAAGAUUAGGCUUGAAGUAUUUCCAUGACAUCAAAACAAGAAUUCCACGUCACGAGGUUGAAGCGGUGGACCAACUUCUGCAGAAGGUUGGACAAGAGAUUUUACCUGGAGUUAUUAUUGUGUGUGGAGGGUCUUAUAGGCGUGGAAAGGAAUCUUGUGGGGAUAUGGAUUUUGUUAUCACACAUCCCGAUGGAGAAAGUCAUAUAGGUUUUCUUCCUCGAUAUCUAAGGCAUCUCAAAGAAAUGAGAUUUUUGAGGGAAGAUUUGGCCUUGAGUGUUCACAGUGAGGAUACCAAAUCAGGAGUAGACACCUAUUUUGGUCUUUGCACCUGUCCCGGUGGAGAGCUGCGACGACGCAUUGACUUGAAGGUGUAUCCAAGAAAUAUAUAUGCUUUCGGUCUCUUACAUUGGACAGGGAAUGAUGUCCUAAACAGGAGACUUAGAUUAUUAGCCCAGUCAAAGGGUUUUCGAUUGGAUGAUACCGGACUAUUUCCUUCCGCUCAAUCUUCUGACGGGAAACAUGGUCUAAGAGGUGCUAAUUUGAAGUUUGACACAGAGAGGGAAAUCUUUGAUUUUCUUGGGUUUCCUUGGCUUGAGCCACAUGAAAGGAAUCUCUAAAUUUUGUAUAGCCUGCCCAGAAGAAAAUUCAAAACUUAUU